CAGAAUUCAACAAAAAGUGUCCUAAAUGUUACAAGCGCUUGAAAUUGAAUUGAAAAAAGUGGAUCGUGUUUAAAACCAUUAGUUUCGGAGACUUAAGAAAUUCCGUUAAAAAUUUCAAAACUAUUAUAUAAUGAAGUGGUGCUAUAGUCGUUACACUACUGGAGUCACAAUUGGCUCUCUAUAUAUUUUGGGCAUCGUAUUAUUUUUUAUUUCAACAUUUAUUACUUAUAUGCAUUAUGACAAGUUGGAGAAAGUUCAACGUAGAGAAAAAUUAAAGUUAGAAGCUAUCAAAUCCAUGAUAAUAUGUUCUGUACAAGCUAUAAUAUCUGCUUUAUUCAUAUUAGCCAUUGUAAAGAGGUAUAAAUAUUUGAUAAUUCCCUGGCUAUUACUUGCUUUCUACAAUUUCUAUUACACUGGUUUGCAUGCAUACUAUUGCUUUAUUGGAGCUGCCAUAGCUGGUCCUUCCGUUUGGUUUAUUUUGCUUCUUAUUGUGAUUGCUCUGUUGGUAUUUGGUCUACAAAUUGUCGUUUUUUGGUUUAGUUGUUCCUUGUUUAAGGAAAUACAUUUCGAAUAUAAUCAAAAACCUCAGAUCCCAACUUCAGAUCCUCAGAGGUCAGAAAAUACUUAUGAAAUUUGA